CGCCAAAUGGUGACGGCGGGCAGCACACGUGACAUGACGAGCAUAGAACGCGCAGUGUUCGCCGCGGGAAUCCUGAGUUGGAACUUUGAUUUCUUUGUGAACAUGUCUUUGAAAUUAUAAUUGAAGUUAUAAAUUAGUGAAUGUUGACUAGUAGAAUGGCAGACUGCUCAGAGACAGUUGUUUUCCGGAAAGACGACGCCAAUAGAGGACGACUUGCCUUUGAUGACGACGACUCGGCACUGGUGAAGGCAUAUGAUAAAGCUGUCCAGUCAUUGCGGGGUCAGACGUCUGGGGAGGACAGUGGUGAUGCCUCAUCGCCAAGGGUGCCUACACCACAGAAGGAAGCCACAGAUGCCACCAAGUCCACCUCAAAGUGGAGUGUGGGAUCGCAGUGCCGGGCGACGUACUCUGAGGACGGGCUGGUGUAUCCAGCAGUCAUCCUGUCUGUGGAUGGCGAGCGAUACCGAGUGGAGUUUGAGGGCUACGGGAACGAGGAGGACGUGGACCUGAGUGCCCUGCUGCCGGUGCUACCCAAACAGCCGUGGCGAGACAUAAGGUGGGCCCUGGACUCGCCGUGCCGUGCUGUGUGGUCAGAGGACGGCCUGGUCUACCCCGGGGUGGUGGUGUGGCUGAAGGGCGAGCGCUGCCGAGUUCGCUUCGACGUCUACGAGAACGAGGAAGACAUGGACGUCUCUGCUCUACUUCCUCCCGAGGAGUCCCAGACAGAGGACGAUACAGAUCAACAGGAGGAAGAAGAGACACCAGAGGAAACGGCAAGCAGCAGCUCGGACUGGAGGAAGAAGAAAGUCCCAGAAAAAAGCUCAAAAAGUCCCCUGAAAUCCCAGCACUCACCUAUGGCGGACCAGAUUGAGACUCAGGCCUGUUUCUUUACUAAAACGAUUGUAGACUGCGUUGUUCAUCAGCUACAGCAGGAAAAUGAAUUAGAAAGUCAAAAGCAGGGCCAGAAGGAGGCUAAGAAGUCCCCGAAGAAGUCGAAGUCUGGAUCCAUGCCGCCCUUCCCUUUCCCCUUCCCACCGGCCACGCUGCCCAUGGGCACAGCGGAGUUCCCCAUGUUCCCGCCUCCUCCCCCGCCCUCCUUCACCUGUCCGCCAGGUAAGGCAGGUGCAGGUAUGAUGAUGGCGGGCGGCGGCGACGGAGCAGGUGACGACGAGGUGGCGUCUCUCUCCAGCAUGCUGCUCUCCUGGUACCUGUGUGGAUACCACACCGGCUACUACAUGGGUCUUCAGCAGGGGGGCGCAGCCUCGGAUCUGGACUCCAAGAAGAAGAAGAAAGCCAAUGAAAGACCUGUUGCCGUGAAGACGGAAGAAUGACCUCUGAACCUGGUCCAUCAUGUGUCUGUGAGGACAGGACUGAAUAAAAGACCAACUCUAAAUAGAUUUUUUCAAAUGGUUAUUUAUGAAUGUACUUUGUUUUACUUUUAUGCUAAAAAAAAAAACUUUUGAUGGAAUUUUUGCACUUCCGUUGUUCAGUAUGUUUCCCAGUAUGUUUUUUUUCCCCAGGAGAUUUCUUCGUUGUUUAUGGGACUUACUAUUUCUAUGUUAUUUUGAUGUUUAUUAAUUAACCAACCUGUUGUAUCUCCAAGUGUCUCAGAGUGCCAGUUUAUGUGCGGGGGGCUGAACAUGUGAUGUAUUGUGAGAGGGUAAGAACUGGCUUUAUGGUGCCUGUCAAAAUAUAAAGACUGUUAUACUGUAUAUACACACACACGACCUGUGAACGCUUGCUGUUCUGGUACGCGUUUGUACAAUAAAUUGUUUAAAUAAGCACUUUG